AUGUCUCCUCGUUGUGAAGGUCAACGAGCAAUCGAAGCUCAAAUGGCUCGAAUGUUAGAGACGGCGAUGCCCGCAAUCCAAGCAGAAAUCAACAACGAGGUGGAACGCUAUCAAGCUGCUAUUCAAGCGUGGAACGAGCAACACGUCCGAGUACACCACGUACUCGGAUGUAUAUCCAUCGAGACCGUGAACAAGCUGGUUUAUGGUUUUUCAUGGAUGCUCCGUCGCCAGUUCCGGAUGCGGAGGCAUGUGUUCUUGCGCAUUGUCAACGCAGUUGUAGCUCGUGACUCGUACUUCAUGCACACCGUCGAUGCUGUCGGGCGGCAAAGUAUAUCGACUUUGCAGAAAUGCACAUCCGCCCUACGCCAACUCGCUUACGGAACAACUGCAGAUAUGUUUGAUGAGUACCUCCAUGUGAGCGAGCAUAGUGAACGCGAUUGCCUAGCUAGAUUCUGUCGGGCAGUGGUCGAAGCAUUCAAGGACACAUACUUGAGAAAGCCAACGACCGACGAUGUUCACAGAUUGGUGCGGAUGCACGAGGACACCCACGGCUUCCCAGGGAUGUUGGGCAGCAUCGACUUCGUUGGGUCGAACAACGACCUCAAUGUGUUGAACGAGUCUCCAUUGUUCAACGACUUGUGUGCCGGGCGAGCGCCUACCGUAGAGUUCACGGCCAACCACCGUCGGUACACUAUGGGGUACUAUCUGGCAAACGGGAUCUACCCUCGAUGGCCCGUGUUCGUGAAGACCAUCACAUGUCCGACAACGGAUAGGAGGAAAUUGUUUGCCAAAAAGCAAGAGGCGGCUCGGAGAGAUGUGGAGCGCGCAUUCGGAGUCCUCCAAUCACGUUGGGCUAUAGUGAAGGGUGCGGCCCGUGGUUGGCACCGUCCAAUAAUCACCGACAUCAUGUAUGCAUAUAUCAUAAUGCAUAACAUGAUCGUUGAGGACGAGGAAGAAAACGUCACUUUCUGGAGCGACGAUCCACUCGCCAGCACCAGCAGUAGCUACAUUGUCACCGACCCGCCCGUGCAAGGUGUUCCUCCCGACGUGCGCAAUGUCAUGGCCUGUUCAGCGGCAAUGCGCCAAGAAGAACUACACACACGCCUCCAAGCAGAUCUAAUUGAAGAAAUUUGGAACCGCAAUUGA